AAUCCAUGUCUCGAGGCUUAUAAAUCCUUCUUUAACCCGUCUCCUCCCCUUCAUCUACACUGAUUUUUGAAGUGCAUUUAACAGGUGACAUCAAUCAAGGGAUCAUUAGCUUACACCAGUCAGUCUGUCAUGGAAAGGACCUGUCUCUAAUGUUGACAUACACAGUGUACAAAAACAUCUCCUAGUUGUGAGCAAUGUGCCUGAUCAAAUGCUCUAUCUGCAAGUGUUUUGAAGUAGUCUCUCUACAAUUCCUAUCUAAAGUCAUCCUGUUUUUUAGACUGCAGUUCUCUAUUUCCUGAACGAAUUUUGUGGUCCACUUGCUAGUUAAUUUUCACAUCAGAAUGAAGACCAACAUUGACGAGAUCACAAACGUUUCCCAUGAGGACCCGACAGCAAUGACACUCUGACGAUCUGUGUGAUAGAAAUGUUUUUGUUCCUGUUUGGAUACGUAAUGCACGCUAAGAACAUUGCAAAUUCUCUGACUUUCAUUGAGAAUGUCCACAUUUUCCCCACGUUUUAGAGCUAUUGAACCUGAGGAAGGAUUGUGUAACUAACUAUAUGUUAACUUGCUAAUGAUACUUUGAUUCAGUCAUUGCAUGUUGUGCUGAUUUGUGUAUUUAUUUUCUGAUGAAUUAAUCCUUCAUUCUCUUGGCUAUAGUAUUAUUUGCCCAGAGCUUUCACAGUAGGUAAACCUGGAGUACAGUAGAUGCAUAUCUCUGCAUGUGCUUGUAUACGGCUCAUGAUUGCUGAAGGUUGCUUCUCCGCUAGGUGGUGAGGUUUUGUGUCAACACUGCAUAGCGUAGGCUACCACUGGGAUGUAGCAUUCUGUAGUUCUUUCACAUUCCCUGUUUUUAGUGUAGCCCUAUGUUUGUGUAUAAAAUGUGGGAGUGGAUUGUUGAUGACAAGGUAAAUGGAGGUUCUUUCCUCAGCUAGCCAACCAUGUUCAUGUUUGAUUACAUUGUAUUGUGGUACAAUUUUAAAAGGCAGAAAGAUCUUCUAUGGUUUUAUAUCAUAGAAUAGAGAUGGCAUCAUGCCCAACUCCUUUGGACUUUGCUACCUGUGUACAUACAAUAUGCUGAGGAGUUAUUUGUCUCGCUCUGUUACUCCCAAGUGAUACUCCCAUGAGGGAAGGCAAUUAAUUUACUCUGAGCAGUGGUUUCUAGGAACUUCAAUACAUAGCUGAGACGAUUCUCUCCGGGAUUGUCACACUGUAAAAUGUGAUAACAGCACAAAUAUAGGCUACAUUUUAUACUUAUUGCUUAAUGUCCGAGGGGUUGUGGUAUAUGGCCGAUAUACCACAGAUAAGGGCUGUUCUUAGCCGCAACACUGAGUGCCUGGAUUUACAACCCUUAUCCGUGGUAUAUCGGCCAUAUACCAUAAACCCCCGAGGUGACUUAUUGAGAUUACCAAUGUAAUUAGAGCGGUAAAAAUAAAUGUUUUGUCAUACCCAUGGUAUAUGGUCUGUUUAUAAACUGGGUGGUUCAUGUCCUGAAUGCUGAUUGGCUGAAAGCCAUGGUUUAUUGGUCUGUAUACCACGGGUAGACUUUAUUACUAGUGUAGCCUAUAAGCAGAUGUAGGCAUUGGGUUGUUUUACACUUGCCAAUAUACCAUCGCUAAGGUCUGUAUCCGGGCACUCUGUGUUGCGUCGUGUGUAAGAACAGGCCUUAGCUGUGGUAUAUUGGCCAUAUACCACACUCCCUCGGUCCUUAUUACUUAAAUAUACCACACCUGUCAGCAAAUCAGCAUUCCGGGCUCGAACCACCCAGUUUAUAAUAGCCUAUAAUUUUGAAAUCUAUUCCUAUUGCAAAAAACAUGACUUAAAAACAUUCUUCUUUAUAUUUUGUGAUAGAGCUUAUCAAUAAUUUUGUCUUUCAAACAGAUUCCAAUUUGGGGCAUUUUGUUGUGUUGGACUUUAGUAGAUAUUCAGUUUGAGAAAUAAUGUUUAGUACUUUUGUGCUGUCUUUUAUUUUAACCACUCAUUUUGCAAACUUGUAACCUUCAGGUGUUGCUGGUUCCUGUCAACUUCCAAUUUGGUGGGCUGAGGAUUUGUCACCAUAGUAACUCCACCUCUGGCAUCCUGUAGGCUAUUACUGGCCUGUGAAAACUGAAGCCAUCUCACAAUGGCUAGUCCUAUUUAUAUUGUGGUCGUUUUUUUUAAUAACGCAAGCAAGGUUAUUAUUGAGGGAGAUGUCCAAACCCGUAUGAUCUUGUCACACUGCAUUAACAGCUUUAUGGAGCUGAGAGAGAAAAUAAAGGGCUUGGAUUAGGUCCAAGGCCAGUUAUCAUGUGUGCAGCGUUUAUACACAUGAGAGCAGACUAUUUAGCAAGUGAAAUAGGGUAUAUAAUAGCCUCAAAUAACAUUUUUUUUAAAAGCACUUGUUAAGUUAUACACCCGAAAUGCUCAGAAGGUCCUCCCACCAUUACACCUGUCCUCGAAUUGACUAUUCAAUCAAUCAAAUUCGGUGAAAACCAUCACUAAAAUGUCCCAAUUAUGUCGCUAUGUAUUUGACAGGGUAAUGAGAAAAGAUAUGCCUACAGGUUCAACCCAAUACGUUUGUGAUUGUCCUCCAUGGCAAUGCACAUGUACAUUUCAUUGGGAGUGCACAUGAUUGGUCAACUGCCGUUGACCGCGCCCUCAACCCAAUACCGAACCAUCAGCACCGCUGAGUCGGGGGGGGAGUGAUGAUUCCGCUGCUGUCUUCAAUGCGGUGGAGGAAGACAACUAUUGUCUAAUGCGGGGAUUCCGGGGGUUCAUAACUGCAUGUCUUUCCAGAAGACGAAGAAGUCUGCAGCGUUUCACCUACAUGCUCUAUUUUAAAUAUUCAAAACCUCUGGAAUUCUGCCGCGAACUCCGGGAUAAUUCUAACAAACCACGUUGUCUGUGUAUCGGGUGUUGGAGUACAGAAUAAUGGCCAGAGCAGUGGGACACUAAGGAAGAUGGGGCCUGUACCUGUUUCUGCUUGGCUCUGUGCCUAGCUAACUCCUGGAGGCCGGACCGGACCGGACUGGACUGCUGCUGGAAGGAGGCGAUGGUAUUUGGUUGAUAAGGAAGGAGAAACAGAAAAGCAUUGAAUUACUUUUGUCGUUUGUCCUGUUUGUGACACCAUCGCCCAAACCAGCUCACUUCAACAUUCUGCAGCAAUCCCCUCCUCACUUGGUUUUGUAAAUGUGCUAGUUCCUGGACUCCGAAACAUAGGCAACAGUAUGUUCUACUUCCUAGAUUCCUAAACAUAUGGAUUCUACCAUGUUUCCAGAACAUUUUCUGUAGCCUGUUCUCUGGAGAAUAACUGACGCGAUUCCACAUUUGGGGAAUUUAUUCCCUGUUUUUAUUCAACUCAAUGGAGAGGCUAAGAAGAUAAUCAGAACAGAGAGGCAAAGCUGAAGAGACAUUGGAAUCAUAUUAUUUCUGUAAACUUUAGGGAAAACACAACAACAGUGUAGACUGGAGAUCAUUUCUGCCUCUCUCAGCGGUGGUGGAUUUAAAGCAACAAGACCUAGUUGGAGGGAUUAGGGUCAGAAGUGGAAGAUGAUAAGUAGCAAGGUGCUAUGUGAAGGCCGGGCCGUGUGGCCCCUGGUAUUGACUGGGCUGUUAUUGACAGUCAUGGCCACGGCCUUGGAGUACGAGGGAGUCCCUGGCCAGUGGGCACGGUAUGGCCGCUGGGAGGCCAAGGUCACAGGCGAGCUGAGCUUCACUCUGAAGACCAACAUCAGCAAGGCCCUGGUGCUCUACUUGGACGACGGAGGGAACUGUGACUUCCUGGAGCUGCUGAUCACAGACGGCCGGCUGCAUCUGCGCUUCACCAUCCACUGCGCGGAGCCUGCCUCCCUACACACGGAGACCUACGUCAACGACCAGCGCUGGCACCGCGUGCUUCUCACCCGCAACUAUAGAGCGACCACCCUGGUGGUGGACAACGAGGAGAAGGUGGCCGAGGUCAAGUCCAAGAGGAGUGAGAUGGUGGUGGCCAGUGACCUUUACGUAGGCGGCAUCUCGCCAGACGUGCGCCUAUCUGCUCUCACGUCCAACACGGUCAAAUAUGAGCCACCCUUCCAGGGCCUGAUUGCCAACCUGAAGCUGGGGGAGAACCUCCCAGUGCUCCUGGAUGGCCAAAGUGUUCAGAAUGAUUUGGAAUACCUGUGUAUUAAACAGAACCCCUGCAGCAACAGAGGCCUCUGCUCCAUCCACCAGGGAGAGGUCCUCUGUGACUGCACCAACACUGGCUACAAGGGAAACUACUGCCACGAAGCUAUCCAGAAAUCAGAGGAAGCCGAAUCAUUGCAAUCUGCACAAGAGGAGUCAGUGGCCACCUACAAAGGCAAUGAGUUUUUCAGCUAUGACCUGUCUCAGACGCCCAUCCAGAGCAGCCUGGACGAGAUUAGUCUGUCCUUCCGCACGCUGCAGAGGAACGGGCUCCUGCUCCACACCGGGAAAUCAGCUGACUACGUUAACCUAUCCCUGAGGAGUGGCGCUGUGUGGCUGGUCAUCAACCUCGGGUCCGGGGCCUUUGAGGCCCUGGUGGAGCCUGCCAACGGCAAGUUCAAUGACAACGCCUGGCACGAAGUCCGUGUCACGCGCAACCUGCGCCAGGUGACCGUCUCUGUGGAUGGGAUCCUGACCACCACCGGCUACACCCAGGAGGACUACACCAUGCUGGGCUCGGAUGACUUCUUCUACAUUGGGGGGAGUCCCAACACGGCUGACCUCCCAGGCUCCCCGGUCAGCAAUAACUUCAUGGGCUGUCUCAAAGACGUAGUCUACAAGAACAACGAGUUCAGGCUGGAGCUGUCUCGUCUGGCUGCAGAGCGGGACCCUCAGGUCAGUGUUCACGGCGACCUGACCUUCCGCUGUGAGGACGUGGCGGCCCUGGAGCCGGUCACCUUCGACACGCCCGCCGCCUACCUCACCCUGCCCAGGUGGAAAACCAAGAAGACUGCCUCUAUCUCUUUUGACUUCCGCACUACGGAGCCCAGCGGCCUGCUGCUGUUCAGCCACGGUGACAGGCGUCUGCAGGACCCAGACAGACAGCCGGAGAGGCAGCCCAGGGCUGACUACUUUGCUAUGGAGCUCCUGGACGGCUUCCUCUACCUGCUGAUGGACAUGGGCUCUGGAAGCAUCAAGAUGAAAGCCAGCAACAAGAGGGUCAACGAUGGGGAGUGGUGCCACGUGGACUUCCAGAGGGAGGGGCGCAAGGGCCUGAUCUCAGUGAACAGCCGCAGCAUACCAUUCUCUGCUAACGAAGGCAGUGAGAUCUUAGACCUGGAGGGUGACAUGUACCUCGGGGGUCUGCCCGAGGCACGCCAGGGCCUCAUCCUCCCCCCAGAAGUCUGGACGGCCCCCCUCAACCUGGGCUACGUGGGCUGCAUGCGUGACCUGUUCAUGGAUGGGCGGAGCCGGGACCUGAGGAGACUGGCAGAGAUCCAGAGUGCCUCUGGAGUCAGCAGCUUCUGCACCAGGGAAACGCACAUCAGGUGUGGCAGAGACGUCUGUGCCAACGGUGGGCAGUGCCGCGAGGGCUGGAACCGCCACGUGUGUGACUGCACCAGCACGGGCUACCUGGGCCCCAACUGUGAGAGCGAGGCCACGGUGCUGAGCUACGACGGCAGCAUGUACCUGAAGGUGAUGCUGCCGUUGAGCAUGCACAUGGAGGCCGAGGACGUGGCGCUGCGCUUUAUGUCCCAGAGGGCCUUUGGGCUGCUUGUGGCCACUACCUCCCAGGACUCAGCUGACACCCUGCGACUGGAGCUGGACGGGGGCCGGGUCAAACUUACCGUCAACCUGGAUUGUAUCAGGAUAGACUGUAACCUCAGUAAAGGCCCAGAGAUGCUGUUAGCAGGACAGAAGCUGAACGACAACGAGUGGCACUCCGUGAAGGUGGUGCGUCGCGGGAAGAACCUGCACCUCUCUGUGGACAACGUGACUGUGGAAGGCCAUAUGACCGGUGCCCACACUCGCCUGGAGUUCCACAACAUUGAGACAGGCAUCAUGACCGAGCGCCGUUUUAUCUCCGUGGUGCCAUCUAACUUCAUAGGGCACCUGCAGGCCCUCUCGUUCAAUGGCGUCCCCUACCUGGACCAGUGUAAGAACGGAGACAUCUCCUACUGCGAGCUCAACGCCCGCUUCGGCAUGCGCCGCAUCGUGGCUGACCCUGUGACGUUCCACAGUCGGGCUAGCUGCCUGGCCUUCUCCACCUUGCAGGCCUACGCCUCCAUGCACCUCUUCUUCCAGUUCAAGACCACCAGCCUCGACGGCCUGCUGCUCUUCAACUCUGGAGACGGCAGUGACUUCAUCGUUGUGGAGCUGGUCAAAGGGUACAUUCAUUAUGUGUUUGACCUGGGCAACGGGCCGUCUCUCAUGAAGGGCAACUCUGAGAAGCCUCUCAACGACAACCAGUGGCACGACGUGGUGGUCUCCCGGGACAACAACAAUGUGCACAUCCUCAAAAUCGACUCCCGUACUGUCACCCAGCACUCCAACGGAGCCCGCAAUCUGGAUCUCAAAGGGGAGCUGUAUGUUGGUGGUGUAGGGAAGAGCAUGUACAGCAGCCUGCCCAAGCUGGUUGCGUCCCGGGACGGGUACCAGGGCUGCCUGGCCUCUGUGGACCUGAAUGGGAGACUCCCUGACAUGAUGGCAGAUGCCCUCCACAGGGUGGGCCAGGUGGAGCGCGGCUGUGGAGGCCUGAGCACAACCUGUACAGAGGACUCCUGCCAUAACCAGGGGGUGUGUCUCCAGCAGUGGGAGGGCUUCUCCUGUGACUGCACCAUGACCACCUACAGAGGAGCAUUCUGCAGUGACCCUGGGACCACGUAUAUAUUUGGGAGAGGAGGGGCCCUCAUCACGUACACCUGGGCCCCCAACGAGCGGCCGAGCACCAGAGCAGACCGGCUAGCUGUGGGCUUCAGUACUCAGCAGAAAGACGCCAUCUUGGUCCGAGUGGAGAGCACCAGCGGACUGGGAGACUACCUGCAGCUACACAUAGAACAAGGAAAGAUUGGUGUGAUCUUCAACGUGGGGACAGACGACAUCACCAUUGACGAGCCGGCUGUCAUAGUUAGCGAUGGCAAGUACCAUGUUGUGCGCUUCACACGCAGUGGUGGCAACGCCACCCUCCAGGUGGACAACCAGCCGGUCGAGCGCUACCCACCAGGGAACUUUGAUAAUGAGCGCCUGGUUAUUGCUAGACAAAGAAUCCCAUACCGACUUGGUCGGGUAGUUGACGAGUGGCUACUCGACAAAGGACGACAGCUGACUAUCUUCAACAGCCAGGCAGCGAUAAAGAUCGGGGGUCAGGAUAAGGGCCGGCCGUUCCAGGGUCAGAUCUCUGGCCUCUACUAUAAUGGCCUGCAGGUGCUGACGCUGGCGGCAGAGAAUGACCCCAGUGUCCAGGCUGAGGGGAACCUGAGGCUGGUGGGAGACUCCCUGUCUGUGCUGACCACUGAGACCACCUCCACCACCCCACUGGCAGCCUCCGACAUGUCCACCACCAUCAUGGAGACCACCACCACCAUGGCCACCACCACCACCCGCAGGCAACGCUCACCCAGCAUGAGGGAGAGCAUCUCCCAGUCUCAGAACUCAGAUGACAUCUUGGUGGCUUCUGCUGAGUGUCCCAGUGAUGACGAGGACCUGGAGGAGUGUGAGCCUGGAACAGGAGGUGAAUUAGUGUUGCCUAUAAUAACAGUGGAUUCCCUUGAGCCCCCAUCCAUCGCCACCCGUUACCCUGCUAUCCCCCCUCCUCCCACCUCCCUGUCCCCACUUGAGACCACCAAAGUGUCCCUGAUGCUGUCCAACCCUCACCCUCCCUGCCCCCCGGAUCAGGAGGACUGCGGUGACCCUGUGGAGGUCUCGGCCUUCGGUUCUGGGGAGAUGACGGAAUCAGAUGAUGAGGACUUUUACAAAAACUCCCCUCUGGUCACUGAUAGGACAGUCCUGCAUCCUCCUCCUCCCCCUGCCGUCGGUGAGGGCGGGGCACAGAAACCCCACAAUCCCCGCCCCCUUCCUUAUGCUCCCACCACCAACCCUGACCAGCUCCACAUCCCUGCGGGCAAAAUGAACACCCGUGACCAGGUGCUUCUGCCCCCUGCCCCUCCGUCAUCCCGGUAUACACCUGGACUAACUUACCCCCCCAAUUUCCCCCAUGUGCCCACAGCCGACCCUACAGCCCCCGGUGAGAAGGUCAUGCACCCCGGCCUGGUGGAUAGGAUCGGAGAGUCCAGUAGCACCACAGGGAUGGUGGUUGGCAUUGUGGCAGCUGCUGCCCUCUGCAUUCUCAUCCUCCUCUACGCCAUGUACAAGUACCGCAACCGUGAUGAGGGCUCCUACCAGACGGACCAGGGACACAACUUCAUCAGCAACCCAGUUUCCGAGGGCAACGGGGCCAUGGUCAAGCUAGAGAAGACACCAAGCACAACCACGGCUGCAGUAGCUAAGACAGUAACCAAGGGCAAGAAGAACAAAGACAAAGAGUAUUAUGUCUAAGAGAGGGAUGGAUAGAGAAGGAGAGAACGAGAGAGAUAGGCUAGAGCAGGGUUUCCCAACUCCAGUCCUCGAAUACCCCAGAGAAGCACACCUGAUUCAACUUGUCAACUAAUCAUCAAGCCCUCAAUCAGUUGAAUCAGGUGAGUUUCUCCAGGGCAGCAACAAAGAUGUGUGCUGUUGGGGGUACUCUGGGACUGUUGGGGUACACUGGGAUAGAGGAAAAUCAUGGAAAGGGGGUUCUCACAAAGAAUUUCACUUCCACAUUAUCCUCUAGUUAAAUAUCCAAAGUGUAGGGUGUAAUUGUUACAUUUGUGGUACACAAAAAAAAAGAAAAUCCAAUUUGCGAUCAGUAUUUCCACAAUUCCUGUUCAAUUAUGCUUUGAGAAUUUGUAUCACAUACCAAAUAUUGUAUUGGAUAACAUACCAUUUCAUACAGGAUAAGAAGCAUAUCCAUUUUGCUGUGUUUGUAUAUAGCACCAAUAUCUAUCAACUGUAUGGUUAUGGUUCCCAGUGAAAACUCAGUUUAAACCAUUGUACUAUAGAACCAGGUUUGCAUGAAUGUCAGUUCAUCAUGCUCUAUCUCAAGUCCCUAUGUCUUUGUAAUGAAGUCAGCGGUAUCAGUGUGUACUGAAAGGUCAUUAUGGUAGAUAAGGACAGAGCAACCCAGUAGAGUUUACUAGAUUAAACUAAAGCCAUACCCAUAUUUGGAGAUUGGGUGACCCACCUUCUCUGCAGACUAGCCUACCCAAUUUUGUGUUAUCCCACGUAAAACGGCUUUCAACUCUGUCUAUCUCUCUGGUUGUCCAUGGUGCUAUGUUAAUGGUCCAAUAUCAUUGAACCAUGUUUCCUCUUGGGAAAAUACAGGUUUUCAAAGGGAAUACACCAGUUCACAGCAGAAUUUAGCCAACAAACCCAUACCAUUGGAUGGAUGAGAUGAGCUGGAUUCUCUCAUCUCUGUGUGAGAAGAGAUCACCAAACCGACAGUGUCAUUCAUUCCAUCCAGGAACAAGUUCCUCAAGCUUAACAAAUCUCAAAAAGCAAAACGCUACUGUAGCAAAGACAUUGCUCUGUAAACAUAUUUGUAUGUAUAGAUGUCUUGGGUUUGAAAAAGCAUUGCUUCUGUGUUUGUUGGAGUAGACGGGGGGGGGGGGGGGGGACAGACAGACAUGAAAAAGAUACUACAUGUGAGAGAUGUUCUGCCCCCACGGUUACCACUGUCAACACUCCAGCCAGAUCCCCCUAUGAGGAAAGUAGAGACAGUGAAUAUGAAAGGGAGCUGCAGGACACAGUCACUUUUGAAUAACUUUUUCUGGUUGUUCCUGUGGGAGGGGGGGGGGACAUGUCCAAGCUUGUGUCAAGAGGCUGGCUUUCGCUUUCCUUCUUCAAAAUUGGCACACACAAAAAAAACUGGAAAGGCACAAACAGUAGAAAAAUCUCUUUGAGAGAUAAAUACUGUGUUACCUUUGAAAGCAAACCAAACAUGUAUUCUGGUUUUUCUACCCAUGAAUAAAAGACUGUUCUGUGAGAUGAACUAUUGAAGGUUUGUGAAUUGUAUAGCUACUUCUCAGAUACUUCUGUGUUUCUCUUGUUACCAUUCCUGCAGUUCCGUUUAAAAAAAAAAAGUUUCCUUUUAAUCCGAUACAGAUGAAAGGGAGCAUUUUGUCUAUGAUGAGACACCAUUGGGCUGACUACAGAGACACAUUAUAAGUAUUUUAUUUUUUUCAAUGUUGAAUAACAUGACAUUUCCAUUAAGGACAGGUUAGUGAUUGUAUGUAAACGUAUCAAGAGAAAACACAAAGGAUGAUGUGCACUCUUUUGAUUCAUUUCUUCAUUUCAUGUACAUUGAAAAACCUGGCUAUCUUUGUCUGUUGCCAUUCUCUCUGUUGUAUCAUGUUUACAUUUUCAAUUCCUGUAAUUUCAUCUUGGUUUUUUUAUGACGUGCCAUUUAACAUAAACUUCUCAGAGUAUAUCCCUGUCCUAACUCAAUGAUAUUGUAAAGUGUUCCUGUGAAAUUAACCUUAAUAUGUGUACAGUACAUUGACAGAGGGGAAAUACAAUUGGUUAUAUACUUCGUA